AUGAGGAUAACUAAUUUGACACACCAGAGUUGGCUGCUGGCACAACAGGGCGGUGCCUUACUGCAUCGUAGGCGAACGCGCGGUAACAUUCGUGGUGGUGCUUCAGGAUUCCAAUGUACUGCGUCCAAGAUCAAAACGAGCUUGCCGGCGGACCACUGCCGUCCCAUUCUGGAGUGA